AUGGCGGGAGGGGAGGACCUGCGGGCGGUGAUGGCGGUCGGGAAGGAUGGCCGGCGGGAGGAGCUUGCGGCGGGACAGAUGCGAUGGGGCCGAGUGCGGCUAGUCCACGUCGUGCAGGAACUCGUCUCCGAGUCCCAACGUGGCGACCAUGCCGCCGCCGCCGUUCUGGAGCUUGUCGACGUCAGCAUCCAAAGAUCUGUAGGCCGGGUGGGGCGUGUCGACGUCGUGCAGGGGCUCGCCCCCGAUACCCACCGCUGCGACCUCGAAGCCGCCAUUCAGGGGCUUGUUGACAUCGGAACCCCAAGAACCAGCUACGCUGUGACACGGGAAGAGCCAUUGGAGUUGUACAAAGACAUGGUUCUUGGCCGUAAUUUCGAGGGCAUGAGUGUGCAAAUGUACUACCGUUUACUAGUUUGGACCAGCUCUGUUUUGUUUUCUAAUCUGCUUGGUGUUGCUUGGCAGGGAAAUUGGAGGGAGCUGUUUGAGCACCUGACCAACGUGAUCCUGCUGAACCUCAGCAUCCAUGUAUGGUACAAAGAGACCAAUGGCUUUCGGCGUUUUGGUCGGGCGUGGCCCAAUUUCAAUCUCCGCCACUCACGCUGCCCCGCCGUGCUAUCGGCGCCUCUCCCUCACCACCCCGCCAGCCCCCACGCCUCGCCGGCGUGUUGGUCGCAGCGCUCCUCAUCGGCCUGGCAUGGUCCUCACCAGCCUGCCGCGCUCCCCACCAGACCAGGUUCAGUCAGAUGCCGGCAUGAUCCGCCACCGCCGCCCGCUCGCGCGUUGGCCUCGGCCUGGAUGCCGCUGCUGCCCCACUCGCCGAGCUCUGACCACCCGCCCCUGCAGCAGUUGCCUCCCGAAGCUAAGCCGGCCUGCAGGAGCAAGUUGUGGAUGGAUGAUAGCAGUUGCCUCCCGAAGCUAAGCCGCUCUGGACGUCGCCUGCACUGGCCCACCGCUAUGGUAGGUCGCCCUGCACGCCGGCAUGCCGAAGCCGCAGACGAAAUCGACGCAGCCUACUGGCCUACAAGACAACUUCCUGGUUCAUGGACAUCAGACACGCGAAAUUGCUCCCGUCAGCUGGUGAGGUGUCAAGGUUGAUAAGGAUGCACGCCGGGUGAAUUCCACGGCCGCUGGCAGCACGUGGACCUCAUCAUCUCUACUGGUAAUCAACAAUGUGCUUGACAAAAUGUCCCAGUGGCUGCAUUCAGUUUUUCUCUGCAACAUACCAAAAAAUCUUUUACUCUUUGGAUUUGAUAUGUUCGUUGUUCUCACCGCUCAUGGAUCUCAGCGAAGCACAUUUCACUGACAAUUGAGAGAAAUAUGCUCUAUUGCAGUUAUACUGGCCUUUCUAUAACAUGAUUCUCUUGUACUAACUACAAAGUGUAGGUGCCUUGCUAAUUUUGUCUGUUGCAGCUAGCGUGUAAACAUUGGAUGGGGGUGUUGAUGAGGGUACUUUGGAUAUUCAGAGGGCAAUGUAACAAAAUUGCAAUCUUUGUACUUCUAUACUUGGUACCACCUCUGAACUUUGUUCAAGUAUUUCAUUCCGGAUACAGAUAACGAACCAAACCGACUCAGUAUAUGGUAUAUUGCUAGGAGAAGAAUCCUUAUGAUAGUAAUACACCAUAACCUGCUGGUAGAAGUUUACCCAACCCAAUCUUAAUUUGAUUGUGUUGACAAUUUACAUUUAUAAUUGGUGACAUCAUUUUUCUUAUGCUUAUCUUUACUAUUGAUUCAAAUUGGGUAGCACAAAAAAUGCUCUGUAUGGAGCUUCAGCACCCUCUUCUGAUAUAUAUAACAUUGCCAAAUUUGCCAAUUUUUAUUUGAUGGAGAUCUGUGUUCCCCAUCUUAUAUAUAUUUCUUAAUUAUGGGAGCCCAUCUUAUAGUAUUUAGUAGUUUCAAACUGCUUCUUACCUCUAGAACGAAGCGCAGGGUAUCUAAAAGUGUUUGCACUGAUGGACAAAUUGCAUAAUCAUGGUAAAUUAUACUGGUUGUUUGUCACUCAUUAUCUCAUUUACUAAUGUAUGCUGGUAUUAUUCAGAUCCUUUCCUGCAAAUACGAAAGUUAAGAGUGCAAAUACAAAAGUUAAGAGGAUAUAUAGCGCUUUGUCCACGCACAAAUUUUAUUUUGUUGAAACAGGAGAUUUGAUGUUAUGGGUCCAUUUUUACUUCACCAUUUUAUUUUGUGUUCAGGUGACACUUUCUAUUCACGUGACUUUGGUUGUUCUGAUAACCAGGGUUUCAAGCUUAGAUAUCAGGUCUUAUGUAUUUUAUUGACACAUGUUUUAGCCGUAGCAAGCUUCAGAUCAGAGAUAGUUGUGCCCAAUAUCUACUUAUUUCCAGCAAGUUUUCUGUAUUUAAAGCUCAUGUUUUUUUUUUGUCUCAAUACUCUACCAACUGGUUGAGGCAGAAAAGCUAAACCCAACAAUAUUUUUGAAGGCCUGCGAGGUGUGAACUUUUUGAUGUCAAACCUGGAGCGGCUGUGCAUGUCGGGGAUGAUCAGAGAAAUGAUGUAUGUGGAGCUAAAGAUGCAGGCUGCGAUGCACGGCUUUGGAGCUGAUGCUCAUUUAUUCAAGUAGACAUUUCUAUUUAUCUACAUCCCAACAUUAAAAAUUUUAUUCUAUUGGGAAAAAAAAUCUAGGAGCACCUUUUCUUAUAAGUCUCGUGUUUAGUAUCAAAAUAAAUGAGAACUUUGCAAGGGUGCAGACUUUCAGUUAAGCCUAGGCUCCAGUACAUCAUCGCCAAGAAUCAUGUGCAAUGGAGAUUCUUAAUGUCAUGGAGUAGGAAACAAUUCAUUGUUCGUACAAAGUUGGAGUAAGCUAAUUUCUUUUUCACUUUCUGGAGGCAAUGUGUAUACAAAUAUAGAUUAUUUGACGGAUGGGCUCGGGUACGGAAUAGAUUAUUCCGUACCCAGGGUAUUGUAUAGUAUAAUCCUAUAUAUAUAUAUUCAGUAUAGUUGUAAUGGCACCUUUAUAGUAUAGUUUGAGGACAUGGUUCAAUUAUCUCCGAGGCUGCUAUUGUAUCCGUGAAAUAUA